AUGACUCUGUUCCCAUCUAGAAAAACUUUCUCUCCUUGGAUCUCACCUUCCUCUGAAAUAGGGCAGGUUGCAGAAUUGAGCAUCCUUUUCUUCCCUCACUCCUCACUGCAGAUCAUUCCCUGGGAACAACUUCCUCCAGAGAACCUAACAACGAUCACUGAAUUCCUGUUGCUAGGCUUCUCCAAUCUCCAAGAAAAGCAGCUUGUGCUUUUUCCUAUCUUCCUUUGUCUCUACCUAGUCAUCCUCAGUGGGAAUAUCACGAUUGUCACUGUCAUCUGCCUGGAGCACAGUCUUCACAUCCCCAUGUACUUUUUCCUAGGAGUCCUCUCUGUCUCUGAAACCUGUUAUACAUUUGUUGUCCUGCCCAAGAUGCUUAUCAACUUGUUCUCUGUGCUCAGGACCAUUUCCUUCACCAGUUGUGCUGUCCAGAUGUUCUUCUUCCUUGGCUUUGGUGUAACCAAUUGCCUGCUGCUUGGUGUAAUGGGUUAUGACCGUUAUGCUGCCAUCUGCCACCCUUUGCGCUACCCAAUCCUCAUGAACUGGAGGGUCUGCAGAUUGUUAGCAGCCACUUGUGGUGUGAGUGGCUUCCUAAUUUCAUUGAUAGGCACAACCUUGGUCUUCGUUCUACCCUUCUGCAACUCCAACAAGGUUGAACACUACUUCUGUGACAUUUCACCUGUUAUUCACCUUGCUUGUGGUGAUUCUUAUAUUAAUGAGUUUGUCAUAUUCAUCUGUGGUGUCCUGGUGCUUGUUUUCCCUCUCACCUUCAUCUGCAUCUCCUAUGGUUUCAUUGUUAGUACCAUCUUAAAGAUUCCAUCUGCUGAGGGGAAGCGGAAGGCCUUUUCCACCUGUGCCUCCCACCUCACAGUGGUUGUAGUCCACUAUGGAUGUGCAUCCUUUGUUUACCUAAGGCCCUCCAAGAUCACAUCAAGUAAAGACCAACUAGUGACAGUGAGCUAUACCAUUAUCACUCCCUUGUUGAAUCCCAUGGUUUAUAGCCUAAGGAACAAAGAUGUCCAAAUAGCCAUCCGGAAAGUGAUCAGCUGGGGAAGAUUUCCCCUUAAAACCAUAUAA